UCUUAAGCUCUGCUGUGUGUGUGUGUGUGUGUGCGUGUGUGUGUGUGUGUGCGCGCGCUUAUGUGUGGGGGGCGGGCACGGUGUCCCAGGAGGACAGAGUUUGCAUUGAUGAAAACCCUUCCCAGCCCUUUGAUACCUCCUUCCCGCCGCUGUGAAGUUAAGGAGCUCAGUCCUCGGUGUGUCCCGCUCUCCGGCCGCGCUCCCUCACAGGCCAGGAUGGCAUUCUGUCUGGUCCUGCGCAUGGCGCUGCUGCUGCUCUCCGGGGUCCUGGCCCCAGCAGUGCUCACAGCCGAGGGUCCGCAGGAGCCUGCGCCCACCCUGUGGAACGAGCCCGCCGAGCUGCCGUCGGGAGAGGGCCCCGUGGAAAGCACCAGCCCCGCCCGGGAGCCCGCGGCCACCGGGCCCCUGGCCCCCACCGCCGCGCCGGGCCCCGAGGACAGCACGGCGCGGGAGCCGCUGGACCCGGGCAGCGGCUCGCUGGGGCCCGGCGCCAUCGCCGCCAUCGUCAUCGCCGCCCUGCUGGCCACCUGCGUGGUGCUGGCGCUCGUCGUCGUCGCGCUGAGAAAGUUUUCCGCCUCCUGAAGCGAAUAAAGGGGCCGCGCCCCCGCCGCACGGCGCGACUCGGCUGCAACC